CUGCCGUGCCCGGAGUGUUGUCCACAGGCCAAAUUAGCCCCAUCUCUACUGAUCAUGGUCAACAGGACAUUAAACUAUUGGGAUUCUGAUUUUGAGGAUGAGGUCAUCAACAUCAAUGUUGGGGGCCUGAGAAGGAGACUCAGUUCAAGUGCCCUCUCCAAAUUUCCUGACACUCGGCUUGGGCGCUUGCUUUCCUGUGACUCUGAAGAGUCUAUCCUACAGCUGUGUGAUGAUUAUGAUGUGAGUGCCAGGGAAUUCUACUUUGAUCGGAAUCCUGGCUUCUUCCUAUAUGUGCUCCAUUUUUACCAGACUGGCAAGCUGCAUGUUAUGGAGGAACUGUGUGUCUUCUCCUUUUGCCAAGAAAUAGAAUACUGGGGCAUUAAUGAAUUCUUUCUGGAUUCCUGCUGCAGCUAUCGCUAUCAUGAACGGAAACUGGAGGGCCAUCAUCACAACUGGGAUGAGGAGAGUGAGGUCAGUAGUGUGGAUACAUCCCCAGAUGAGAUCUUAGAUUUCAAUCAUGACCUGCUUCGUUAUAGUACGCUGCGCUGUGGCAAUCUGCGCAAGCGCCUUUGGCUCACCAUGGAAAAUCCAGGAUACUCCAUCCCAAGCAAACUCUUCAGCUUUGUGUCUAUCAGUGUUGUGCUGGUUUCCAUAGCCACCAUGUGUAUUCACAGCAUGCCAGAGUACCAGCAGUUUGAUGAGGAGGGCAAGUUGAAGGAUGACUCUGUGUUGCAAAACCUGGAGUAUUUCUGCAUCUCCUGGUUCACAUUUGAAGUUACUGCCCGCCUGCUGUUGGCUCCAAACCUGAGGAAGUUUUUCAAGCAUCCCCUCAAUCUGAUUGACAUUAUCUCAGUGUUGCCUUUCUAUUUCACCCUUUGGGUAGAUGUGACCAUGAAGAGAGACUCAGAACUGGGAAAUUUGGGUAAGGUGGUGCAAGUGUUUCGUCUCAUGAGAAUAUUCCGGGUGCUGAAGCUGGCAAGGCAUUCAACAGGCCUGAGGUCUUUAGGAGCCACCUUGAAGCAUAGCUACAGAGAAGUGGGAAUUCUUCUCCUAUACUUGGCUGUUGGGGUGUCUGUUUUCUCUGGAAUAGCCUACACUGCAGAAAAGGAGGAAGAUGUUGGUUUUGACACAAUUCCCGCUUGCUGGUGGUGGGGGACAGUUAGCAUGACAACUGUAGGUUAUGGGGAUGUGGUACCAGUGACUGUCGCUGGCAAGCUGGCAGCUUCUGGUUGCAUCCUAGGUGGGAUUUUGGUUGUGGCACUGCCAAUCACUAUAAUCUUCAAUAAGUUCUCCCAUUUCUACCGCCGGCAAAAGGCCCUUGAAGCUGCCGUGCGGAAUAGUGACAAGAAGGAACCAGAGGACUCUGAGAAUUAUACAAGUCAAGAAUCUGAUGCUUUCAGUGAAGUUUACCAGAGAGAUGAAGAUCUCACCCGGAAGAUCCUUCCAGUCUAUUGAAUGAUUGGGAAUUGAAGACUUACCUCGUGUCAGAAAAAAGGCAAAUUGUUAGCACGAUGAUCAACAAAACCAUUACCUAUGCCAUCAUGGAUUCAUUCAUUAAAGUGGCCUGUUCCAAAACCAUGUACAAGGUAACCUCUUCCUGAGCCGAUGCAGAAUAUGCACUGACCUUAUGCAUCUGGAUUUUCAAUAUUCUUCCAAGCCAGUAUAUGUUGCAACUAAUUCAAACCCCAGUCUGCCAAGGGACAUCUGGAGCAAAGUGGACAAAAUAGUUCAAGAUUCCAUCUGUAUCCCAAUCCUUCAAAGCAACAAAAGAAGGCAGAUUCAUGAAUACAAGCAUUUCUGUGUGAGUAUUGUACUGGCAGUAAUACUCGUAGCAUCCCACUGGUGUAAU